AUCUGGAUAUUAACGCAAGGGCAGAGGCGCCGACGCUUUAGCGGUGGAGAGUGUGAGCCUUGUGAAGAUGGCCCCGUCACCUACUAAACGCAGGGAGCGUUCGGAAGAUAAAGCUAGAGAGAGGGGCAAAGAAAAGGCUGGGGCAAAGGAAGGUACUGAGAAGGAGAGGGGAAGGGACAAGAAUCGUAAACGCCGCAGUAACUCUACUGGGAGCAGCAGCAGCAGAUCAAGAUCCAGUUCCAGCUCAAGCAGCAGCUCUGGUUCCAGCUCGGGUUCCUCCAGCGGCUCCAGCUCCUCUUCAGGCUCUAGCCGGUCUGGGUCCUCCAGCUCUUCUCGCUCCUCCAGCUCCUCUGGCUCCUCAGGGUCACCCAGCCCCAGCCCCAGCCGCCGGCGGCACGACAAUCGCAGACGCUCACGUUCAAAGUCCAAAUCGCAGAAAAGGGGUGACGACAAAGAACGGAAGAGGAGGAGCCCUAGCCCUAAACCUACCAAACUUCAUGUAGGAAGACUGACUAGGAAUGUCACUAAGGAUCACAUUCAAGAGAUAUUCUCUACGUAUGGCAAGAUCAAAAUGAUUGACAUGCCGUCAGACCGUUUUCAUCCAAACUUAUCGAGGGGCUAUGCCUACGUUGAGUAUGAGACUCCAGAGGAGGCGCAGAAGGCCCUAAAACACAUGGAUGGAGGUCAGAUAGACGGUCAGGAAAUCACAGCAACAGCUGUCCUGACUCCAAGGGUACGGCCUGCCCCCCGCAGACUGUCUCCUCCACGCAGGAUGCCCCCUCCUCCCCCAAUGUGGCGUCGUACUCCACCUCGCAUGAGGAGAAGGUCUCGGUCACCGCGGCGCCGCUCCCCAGUGCGGAGGCGCUCUCGUUCCAGGUCUGCGGGCCGCAGACGCCAUCGCUCACGCUCCAGCUCCAACUCCUCACGAUAAGGAGGCUGUCCCUGAGCUCUACAAAGCUUUUAGUGCAGUGUCGCAUCUUCUGUUCUUGAUGGAGACCUGGUGGACACUUCAGGCUGUAGUCUGAAUGGACAGAAACUAUUAAAUUCUGGUUUUGAUUCAUAUUCAUUAAAGCAGCAUUUUUUUCCUUUCUCAGGAUUUUGUUUGUACCUAAAUGCACCAUGCCAUCACAUUUUGUGUCCACUCUAGAGAAAGCGUGUGUAGAUUUUUCUUCUCUGUGUGUUGUGCAUACUGUAAGGCAGUGGUCACUAACCCAUUCCCGGAGAGCUGCCUUCUUGCGGAGUCUGUUUCCAUCUCCAAUCUGCCACACCUGCUCCAGCUGAUUAACUUCUUCAGAUGUCCUUGAUUGGCUGGAUCAGAUGCAUUAGUGUUGGGUAUCGGGGUACCGGUUAGAACUAAACUUUGCAGAAAAGUAGAUCUCCAGGAGGAGGGUUGGCGACCGCUGCUGUAUGAAAUUUUGACAAAACUAGGCUAUUACACACAUUUGCUUGCAUAUUUUUUACCUUUGUUUUUACGUAGUUACCAAACUGAAAACUUGACUCGUCUGUAUUUUGGAUCAAUAAUUAAAAUGCCAGUUUCUUUACAAACUGAAA